AUGGGCGAGCGGCCGGCGCUGGUGGUCUUCGACCUGGAUUGUACCCUGUGGCCUUUCUGGGUGGACACCCACGUGGACCCCCCCUUCCAGAAAAACAGCGACGGCUCCAUACGAGACCGGAAUGGGAAGCUUGUGAAUUUGUACCCCGAAGUCCAGGCUGUGCUGGAACAGCUGCAUCAGAAGGGGAUCCCCAUGGCCGCUGCCUCCCGGACAGGUGAAAUCCGGGGGGCCACCCAACUCCUGGACCUCUUUGGCCUGAAUCGCUUCCUCCGCUACACAGAGAUCUAUCCAGGCAGCAAAGUCACCCACUUCCAGAGGUUAUGCCAGCAGACCCGGAUCCCUCUUUCCCAGAUGCUCUUCUUCGAUGAUGAAAACAGGAACAUUCACGACGUCAGCAAAUUAGGAGUCACGUGUAUUCUUGUCCCCAACGGCAUGAACCUCUCUCUCCUCAAGCGUGGUCUGGAAGCCUUCGCUAGCUCCUGA